CCUGGCGUGGCGCACACCCUGCAGGUCACCCUCGGCCUGCUGGAGUGCCUGGGCUGCUUGCUGUCGGGCGGCAGCACCUCCCCUGUGCCGCUGCCGGGGCAGGGGGUGGUGCUGGCUGCCAUGCGGCUGCUGAAGCUGGAGCCGCAGGUGCUGCUGGCCCCGGGCCGUGUCGCCCCCUCCUCCUCCGCCCAGGCCGAGGUGCUCACCGCCCUCCCCGAGCUGCACAGCGCCGCAUGGGGCCUGCUGGGCCUCACAUGUCGGCUGCUGGGGCCGGGCGGCGUCAUGCCGCUGACGGCGCCGCUGUGCCGCCUGGUUUCGGAGCAGCUGCGCAGGAUCAAGGCCGGCGGCGCCGGCGGACUGGCGUGCACUAUGCACCCAAGCGUGCGCACGAAGUUGUACGACACAACGGUUGUCGUUCUUCGAACGUGCGGCUUCGCCGCCGGGCGAGCUUUGGCGACGGAGGUGGUGGGUAUGCUGGUGACGGAGCUGUACGGCCUCAGUGCCGUACAGCAGCAGCAACAACAGCAGCAGCAGGCGGCGUUGUACGGCUCUGGCGCCGCGGGCGCCGCUUUCGGCAAGGCGGG